ACAACAAAAUAAACACGAGUGUAAAAAGAAAGGAGGAGUAGGUACUAAUGGAGAUGAAGAUGAAUGGAGUUACUACCACCACGGCCACCGUUACCACCACUUGUGAGUCUCAAAACAAAGCGAGGCUUGCAAUUCUGGAACUAGCACACAUGAUGAGUGUCCCAAUGUCCCUCGUCGCCGUCAUCAAUCUGAAGGUCCCCCAAGCCAUAUGGCAAGGCGGUUCCAACGCUCCCAUCUCCGCCUCUCAAAUUCUUGCCCGCGGUGGUGCCGCCUAUGACGCUGAGAACCUUCAGCGCAUUCUCCGCUUGCUGGCCAGCUAUAACAUAUUCAUGGAGCACCUUAACAGCAGCGGUGAAAGGAAGUACUCCCUCACUGACAUUGGCAAGACUCUCAUUGAUGAUGCUGAAGGUUUGUCCUAUGCAUAUUACAUGCUCCAGCACCAUCAGGAUGCAUUGAUGCGAGCAUGGCCGUUGAUGGAGGAGACAGUGAAGGAUCCAACAGUGGAGCCAUUCAAGAAAGCAAACGGAGAGGGUGCAAUAUCAUAUUAUACAAAGAGACCAGAUGUGUUGAAAUUGGCUGUUAAAUCCUUAUGUGGAAUGUCCAUACCUUUAAUGAAGGAUAUCUUGGAUUCCUAUGAUGGCUUCCAAGGUGUGGACACAUUGGUUGAUGUUGGUGGCAACAAUGGUAUCUCUUUACGCUCUAUCAUGGAAAAAUACCCAAAUGUCCGUAAGGGCAUCAACUUUGAUCUUCCAGAUAUGGUGGCCAAUGCACCACAGAUUCCAGGUGUAACUCAUGUGGGUGGCGACGCGUUUGAAUCUGUUCCUAGUGGAGAUGCCAUCUUCAUUAAGUGGGUCCUGUUAGCAUGGACAGAUGAGGAAUGCAAGAAAGUUUUCCAGAAUUGCUAUAAGGCGCUUCCGGCGAACGGAAAAGUGAUCGCUUGCGAGCCGGUGGCGCCGGAGAUAACGGAUGAGAGCCAGAGAACAAGAGCAUUGCUUGCUGGUGACAUAUUCAUAAUGACAAUGUAUAGAACCAAGGGGAAGCACAGGACGGAACAACAAUUCAAAGAGCUUGCUACUUCUGCUGGAUUUUCUCAUUUUCGUGCUUUCUAUAUUGAUCCUUACAUGGCUGUGCUUGAAUUUCACAAAUGAUCCAAUCAAGUACCAUAUGUGAUGCAUGUUGUUAAGUCCCUACUUAUGAUGAAUCAUCAAAAAUAAUGGGCACAAAUAAUUAUUAUUAGGAACAGUAACUAUGAGUAGUACACUUCUUGAGAUUGUUCCUAAUAAAUUUUAGGAUAAAGUAUUUUAAUUUA